UCGGCAGAGAUGUACACAGCUGAAGAAAUUGGUGGAGGAGAAUACGAAUGCUCUUCAUAAUUUGAAAAAAGCUGAUGAGCCUGCGCCUGUGGGGAAUUAUAAUCAGAGGAAAGAAGAAGAAGAAAAGCUAUUGCUAAAACUCUCUCGGCAGCUGCAGAAACUUGUUCUUGUCUUGGAUCAGGAGAAUGUGACUAUGAAUUACGCAGUGGAUGAGGAACAUCAGAAAGAUCCUCAAACAGAAGACGAAAAUGCAGAAGAGGAUGAGAGUGAAGAUGAAGACAGUAGUGAGGAGGAAGACAGUGAAGAAACAGAUGAUGAUGAUGAGGAUAAAUUGUUGGAUGAUCCAAACGUUAAAGAAUGUAUUGCAGUUGGAAACUUUAAUGCACAGGAGGAAGGGGAUCUCACGUUUACGAAAGGUGAAGUCCUACUUAUACAUGACAAGAAGGCGGAUGGCUGGUGGGUAGCCGAAAACUCAAAAGGGGAAAGAGGCCUCGUCCCUAGGACCUAUCUUGCGGUCCCUGAUGAAGAUGUCGACAGCCAAGAGCAAAGCGAAGAACACGUAGAAGUGGUGGAUGAAACAGCAGAUGGAACUGAAAUUAAAAAAAGAACAGAUCCUCACUGGAGUGCUGUAAGAAAAGCUAUUACAGAGAAUGACACAGUAGAGGUACUGGCAACCAUAGGAGCAGUUCCUGCAGGAUUCCGCCUAUCCACGCUUUUCCAGCUCUUAGAAGAAGACAAUCAGUUUCGAGCCAGUUACUUUUUGCAGCCUGAACUUACUCCAUCACAGUUGGCUUUCAAAGACUUGGUGUGGAACUCUGAAAAAAAUACUAUCUAUCCUAGACCAACUCGAGUAUCCCUGAUUGUAACUUUAUGUAGCUGUAAAAUGAUUCCUCUCCCAGGAGUCAGUAUACAGGUUCUCAGUAGACACGUUCGGUUCUGUCUAUUUGACGGCAAUCGGGUGCUGAGUAACAUUCACACAGUGAGAGCUACGUGGCAACCUAAAAAUCCUCAAACGUGGACCUUUUCUCCAAGGGUAACAGGUAUUUUACCCAGCUUGCUGGAUGGUGACUGUUUUGUCAGGUCCGACUCUCUGUCUUCAGACAUUGGGAUAUUAUUUGAACUUGGCAUCACUUACAUUCGCAAUUCAACGGGCGAAAGAGGAGAGCUAAGCUGUGGCUGGGCAUUUCUGAAGCUUUUUACCUCUAAUGGAAUGCCCGUUCCUUCCAAUGAGAAUGCUGGUCCUGCUUCCGCACCCAGUGCGUGUUCUGCUAAAUUCGUGUGGGAAAAGUGCUCCCCAGACCCAGCGUUCAGGAUGUAUGAGCUGCUAUUAAACGGUGGUACUCCCUAUGAGAGAGGCGUUGAGGUUGACCCAUCAAUAUCAAGAAGAGCAGGCAGUGGUGUUUUUCAUCAGCUUUUGACACUCAAGAAACAGCCUGUGCUUAUAGUGAAACUGAGGUCAUUAAGUGCGCAGUCAAAAGACAUCCUGAAUUUGCUACCAGAAACGUUAAUUGGCAGUAUGUGCUACAUCCAUCUCUUGAUAUUUUAUCGACAAAUACUUGGUGAUGCACUCCUGAAAGACAGAAUAAGCAUGCAAAGCACAGAAUUAAUCUGUAAUCCUAUUUUAGCAACUUUCCCUCAACUCAUGGAUGAACCAGACCUGAUGGACGCACUUCGGAGCGCUUGGGCAGAUAAAGAAAGAACGUUGAAGAGAUCUGAGAAGAGAGAUCGAGAAUUUCUGAAGUCUCUGUUUGUCCUGGUGUACCACGACUCUGUCUUCCCUCUCCUCCAGUCCACCUUCCUCCCUGACUACAAGUGGGCUGAGGAAGAGUCCGAAGCAUCUCGCUGGAAGGCGAUUGCUGACUUUUUGAGAAAGAGCCGAGAGAACGAUGGUGCGCUUCAGUAUCUGCUGUCAUCAGAAAACACUCACAAAGCCUUUGAUAUCUCAGAGCUGGCUUAUGAUUUCUUAGGAGAAUCGAGGAAGAGCAAUCCUGGAGUAUGAGUGGAUUCUAGAAGAAUAAUUCAGGCUAUAUAAGAAUGGGGUAACAAUAUAAAUAAAUUCUUACCAAAGAGAACCUGUGUACUACCUGAACUGUAAUGAACAUUUUAACAUGUUUACCAUUUUGAGAGAGACUAGAAUUAUUUGGUCAGUUUAACUAAUGGAAAUUGUAUUUUAAAUUUUUGACUUUGCAGUGUUAGACAAGGCUGUGGUUACCU